CUGAGCGUGAAGAUAAUCAGCUGUUAUGGCUCAACAUAAACAGCCAGUCUAGAAAAACCAGAAAAGGUUUCGUGUGAUCUGGAGAAUAAAGAUUCUGUCUCUUUGGAUUCAGACCUCAAACUAAUCAGAAGUGUUUUAAGUUAACAUAGAGAAAACUACCUAAACUUACAGUGGCGAACGAGGAGAAUUUGGUAAGUUCGAAACAGUGGAAGAAAGUUUAAUUUGUAAAAGUGGUGUUACGCUGUUAGCGCUAAUUGUUUACUACGAACCAACAAGACGCCAAAGUGUUUUGGACGUUUUUUUUAUACAUUCAGUGUUUACUGUUUUGGGCAGUUUGUGCCAACAGAUUGGAUAAUUGAUAUUGGAUACGGGUUCUGAGGAGUGUAUACAAUUUUUAAUUGUGUUCUUUAAUACGAAAAGUGUCAUAAUUAUUGUUUUCUUGAACUGAUUAUUUUAUUGGCAGAGUAGCCGGUCAAUUUAGACGCUACCCGAGGCUUUUGUGUUUGGAAGCUUUGUCGACGCCACCCAUCGCCAUUUCUGACGCCGCCAUUCGCCAUUAGCGACGCCGUUCACCAUAAAGGGACGCUGGUGUUAUCGUAUUUUAGAAUUGGAAUUUUGUUUAUCGCCGCGCCGAAUUGGGGUGCCGGAAGUUCGUGGUGUUGUUUUUCGAUUUAUUCGACGUUGGAUUUUGAGAACAUAGAAUCGGGUAACGAUUCGUUGGUGAGUGCACAUUUAGUUUUUCUUGUAUUUUAUUGAGGUAUCACAGAAGUCAGUUAUUGACUACAUUUUGACUACAUUAUUGAUUGAUUUCUUUGUGUUUUUUUUUAUUAUUUCUUUUUGGGCCUUGUAGUAAAACACAAUGGCUAUGUUUGGAACAAUCGACCCGUACGUUCCGGGAACCUCCUUUUCAAACUACAUUGAGAGGCUGGAGUAUUUUUUCUCUUGCAACAAUGUCGCAGAUGAUAAGAAAAAAGAUCUUUUUCUUAGCUUCUGCGGCAUGGUGGUUUUUGAUGAAAUCAAACUGUUGUUUCCGGCAGUCGAUUUGAAAACGUUAUCUUACGAGGAUAUUUCAAAAAAACUUAAGGAACGCUACGAUAAAAAGGACUCCGAGUUGCAUGCUUAUUGUCGGUUCAUAAACCGAAAGCAAGGGCCGAAUGAAUCUAACGAGAAUUUUAUUUUGGCGGUCAAAUUGUUAGCAGAGGCGUGCGAAUUCGAUGGCUAUCGUGACAGAGCCAUACGCAAUAAGUUAGUCACGGGAAUUCAAGAUAGGGAGUUGAGGCGCAGGCUCUUUAAUGAGGAAAAUUUGACGCUGAAGACAACAGAGAGGAUGCUUAAAAGUUCAGAGCGGACUUUCGAUAAUGAUAAAUUUAUGGAGGCGGAAAACAUAAACUCGGUUAAAUUCAGAUUAGGCGAAAGAUAUGAAAGACGAUAUUCGAGAGGACCAGAAAGGAGAUCGAGAUUUGAUGGCAGGUCUCAGAGUCGGGAUCAUGGUCGUUUUCACAGUUCUCAUCGCAACAGAUCUCCUUCAGGAAGUCAGUCUAAGACUAGAGGACGUUAUGCUAACUUUAAAUGCAACUAUUGUGGAGAAAUGGGGCAUGUUUGGAAAUCCUGUUUUGAAAGGAAAAGAAACCAUAGAAGUAUGGUGAACUUUGUGGACGAUAAAACCAAAGAUAAACCUAAAGAAAAUGUCCACGACUAUUUCAAACGUCUCAGAGUAGAUUACAGUAGCAGUGAUGAAUCAGAUCGCUCUGGGAGCACAUGUGAUCUCGGCUCACAGGGGGCAGAUCAAAAAGGCGCAAAAUGAACAUAGGCGCAAUGCGGCGCUUCAAUUUCCGAAUCCUUCAUCGACGGACAGUCAAAACGGAAAGAAUUCACAGAAAAGACGUCGAGAGGAUUCAGAUGAGGAAGUCUUCUAUGGGUUUUCUCCUUCUCAGCAGCGACCCUCUACAUCAAGAGCAACGGUUCAAUCCAACGGGAGCGACGUUUCUCUGGGCCCUAACGUGUCAUCAUCGGAGCCUAAGGCCAUCAGGAGAUCUGAAAGAAGAAGAAAAUUGUUGAAAGCUAAUGACUUUGUUUACUUCUAAAGGCAGUUUUAAAUAAUUUAUGAUUAUUAGUUAAGAGUAAGGUGAAAUGAAUUGAAAUUUAUAAAGUUUAUUCUAAAAGAGGGAGAAUUGUUAGUAUUAAGACAAAUUCGAUGGUUGCAAACUGAGCGUGAAGAUAAUCAGCUGUUAUGGCUCAACAUAAACAGCCAGUCUAGAAAAACCAGAAAAGGUUUCGUGUGAUCUGGAGAAUAAAGAUUCUGUCUCUUUGGAUUCAGACCUCAAACUAAUCAGAAGUGUUUUAAGUUAACAUAGAGAAAACUACCUAAA